CUCAAUAGCUUUAAGUUGCUGUAUCGGAGGAAAUCCGACAGGGACGAAGUCCGCCACCACUUCCCCGUGAGGUCCACCUGAGCCCGGCUGUCAGCGAGGGAAUGAGUCGGAGGAAGCGAAGGACGCUCGGGCAGGGUGAAACAGGAAUUUAAAAGACGGGGAUAAUUAUUCCAGGAUGAAUCCACUUUAAUCCUAAAAAGAUGCUGGAUUUCUUCCCUGUUACUUUAUGAGCUGCACACUGUGCCAGAAAGACCUCAGAAUAUGAAGCUGUGAUGAAACAGGACGAAGACGGAUCCUCCCAUAUCCCAUUCCUUUUAUCUGUAACCGCGACACUGCCUAUUCAAAGCCAACCUCUCCUCGUAUCCCUCUGCCAUGUUCCGGAAAAGAAGCUCCCUCAUACUUUGUGGAACGUUCCUGUUUGUCACCUGGAAUGCCGUCCUGGUGUUGCUGCUUUGGGGCAGAACUCCCCCGGGGCAGCUGGGUGAUGGGCAGAUGGAUCUGGCCUUGUUGCCCACCAGUGACGUAGUGGGAGACGUGAUCCGCAUGGCUGAGUCGUUCGAAUCGGAGCUGGAAAAGCAGAAGAAAAUUCUGUCUCAAAUCCUGAGUCAUCAGUCGAUGUGGAAGCCGUCAAACAGAAAGGGGUCAAAGGUCAAUGUUCCCAGUCAGCCUGUCAUUCCCAUCCUGGUGAUCGCCUGCAACAGGGUCACCGUGAGGCGCUGCGUGGACAAACUGCUGCAGCACCGGCCCUCGCCGGAGCUCCAUCCCAUCAUCGUGAGCCAGGACUGCGGGCACGCCAACACCGGCGAGGUGAUCAGCUCUUACGGAAAUAAAGUCACUCAUCUGAAACAGCCGGACCUGUCGGAUAUUCCCGUCCGGGCCGAGCACAAAAAGUUCCAGGGUUACUACAAGAUCUCCAGACAUUACCGCUGGGCCCUCAACCAGGUCUUUAGGAACGUUUCCCACACCUCUGUGGUGAUCGUGGAGGACGACCUGGAGGUGGCGCCAGACUUCUUUGAAUAUUUCCGAGCCCUGCUGCCACUGCUGAAGUCCGACCCCACCCUGUGGUGUGUGUCAGCUUGGAAUGACAACGGCAGGGAUGGAUAUGUGGAUCCUGGUAAGCCGGACCUCCUCUACCGCACAGACUUCUUUCCGGGUCUGGGCUGGAUGCUUCUCAGGGAGGCCUGGGAGGAGCUGGAGCCCAAGUGGCCCGCCUCCUUCUGGGACGACUGGAUGCGUCAGCCAGAGCAGCGGCGUGAGCGUGCCUGCAUCCGGCCGGAGAUCUCCCGGACGCUGACGUUUGGCCAGCAGGGCGUGAGCCUGGGCCAGUUCUAUGACAAAUACCUUAAAUACACUAAACUGAACUCUGAGUUUGUGCCUUUCACCAAGCUGGACCUGAGUUACCUGAGGGAGAGGACUUACAGGAAAAACUUUGAGAAGGAGGUUUACAGUGCUCCCCUGGUAACGUAUGACGAGGUGAAGCAGGGCCAACUGAAAGGAUCUGGGCCUUUCCGCCUUCAGUACUCCACUAAGGACAGUUUCAAAAUAUUUGCCAAAAAUCUAGGAAUCAUGGAUGACUUGAAGUCCGGAGUGCCGAGGACAGGAUACCGAGGGGUGGUGAGCUUCUUCUCCAGAGGACGAAGAAUCUACUUGGCUCCGCCUCCCGGAUGGACCCAGUACGAUCCUACCUGGAGCUGAGAAUCCACCGGAUCACCUGUGUGCAGCAGUGUCCUGCGGCAGAUUCCAAACCAAAGAUACAAAUGAUUUAUGCUGUUUCCCCUUAAUGGUGCUGAAUGGGCUUAGGAGGUUACAGCCAACACUACUCGGGUUUUUCCAUUUUUCCAAAGUAACUUUCCAUGAAGUGUAGAAUGCAGCCGGAACCAGCGAAAACCGAACACAAAUCUGCCGUAAAUCAUCAGAGGUCUAUUUUUCUAUGAUGCUGAUUGUGCACAUCACAUCCAUGCAUUCAAUGCAUCAACCAAGUUUGCCUUAUUGUUUAAAUAAAUGGAGGCUUCUGUUAGUCUGUAAGUAAAUCCUAAGCAGAGAACCUAAUGGGUGGAAUGGUUUAGUGGUUCAUCUAAUCUGUGACCUGACUGUCUUUGCUCAGGUCUGUUAUGAAGAAAAAUCUGCUCUUCCUGCUUAUAUUUUGUCAGAUGAUUUUGUUUAGACUAUUCUUGGCAAGUUGGUUGCCUUGUCACUGUGGGGUUUGGAAAUAAAAACAAACUUAUUGCAGAA